GUCUUUGCGAGUUGUUGACGUCAUAAUUCUGCGCCACGGUACAAGUCGUGAGCUGGCUUAAAGGUUCUCCUUCUGUUUCUCCAAACUUCUUCAUCAUGACCAAACUUCUGGAGUGGCUUCUGGGUCUGUCGCUGGUUGCUGUUGCCUGGGGACUGGUGACCUUUGACCUUCUUGGCUUGCGGCUGCCUGCCGUGUACAAGGAAGUGGCUUGGCCGAUGCCGGUGUACCUGCUGGUGGUGUUUGGUUGUUAUUCGCUGGCAACGGUGGGUUACAGAGUCGCCACCUUUAACGACUGUGAAGAAGCAGCCACAGAACUUAAGGCACAGAUACAAGAGGCUAAAGCAGACUUAAAGAAGAAGGGCAUGAAGAUGUGAUGACUUUACCGGACUGUAAUAGAACAAGAUUUUAAUUUGGAUAUGCUUGAUUUUUUUUCUCCCCCUGUUUUCUAUACACUGGUGACUUGAGAAACUGAGAGGUGACAGUGGAAGCUGGAAAGGUCCUAAAACAUCAGGACCCGAAAUCAGAUGUAGAUAUUCUUUUUGAAUUUUCCUUUGAAAGCACUUCACCUCAUUAUAAUUAUAAUGAUAUAAACAAACGUCUAGAAUGUGGUGUUUCUGUGUAACGUAUACUUGGACUGGCUUCCACGCAGCGACGUCUCUGUAAUUAUUUUUUUUUUAGCGUAUUCUUGGUGCCCCAGUAGAAGGAGAGUUCAGAGUCAGACUGACUCACAGCGUCAUGCCUGUGCGAGAUAACCGUGGCAUACGCUCGGCACUGACGGCGCCCCAUACAGGGUUGAUUUUUAACAAGCUUGAUAAUAGGAUACUGUUGUUCUAGAAAUACACACACUGCGGCACAGGAAUGUCUGCAGCCGACAAGUCAGAGCCGUGUUACUGUUUUCAGUUACUGCAACCGAUUGUGUAAUCCGUAUACGUGAAAAAGUGACUGUAUUCACAAAGCAUCUUAAAAUGGGAGCACCAAUUUGGGAUUGUGGGUUUUACUCUGCGGUGAAGGGAACCGCAUCCAGUGGCUAAAGUCUUUUCUGACUAUUAACUCUUGCAUUAGACUCCUGAUUUCUCUAAUGUUCGCUUUUAUUUGUCUUUAUUCUGUCUGAUGUGUUGCCUCUGUAAAAUCUGGCUGUUUAGAUUUUGGAUUCAGCAUUCUGUCUGUUCCAUACGUUGUGUUUUCUAGAUCAAGUCCAGAUGUAUAAUACAGAUUAUUUUCCUGAA